AUGCAAACGGCGCAACCUGAGUGGGGAGAGAUGAGCUUCACAUCCCAGGUGAUUGGAGCAGAAGUCCUCAGCUUGUCUGUCUUACCUUUUCUCCAGGCCGUGACAGGGGCAGUCAGCACCAUUAAGUUUUUCAUCUCUGAGGCUUUUCUGGGUCAGCACUUCGAGGCUGUGGAGUUGGAGGGCAGUGAACCUGAGCCAGGAGACCUCUUCCUAUUCAGGCUGAUGUCCCCCACUGGACGCUGGUGCGGGGCCCACGUUGGUGUGUAUUGCGGCCACGGAGAGAUCAUCCACUUUGAGGGCAAGAAACCUCGUGGCCAAAGGCCAAACCUGUUUCUCGGCUCCUGCGAAGGUGUUGUAUCCAAACAAGGGCAGCGCCCGAUGCUGCGCUCCUGCUUGCUUUGGCGGGUGCUACGUAGACGCAGUGGCAUUGACCGCGUAGCGCUGGAGCGCCGAGUGCGCGAAGCCAUGGACGCUGACCCGCCUCCCUAUCACCCCUCAUGCAGCAACUGCGUGCACUUUGCUCUGCAACUGCUGGGUCCAGAGCCCAACCUGGAUCCCGUACAAGUAGUCCGGAGUCCCAUGACUUCGGUUUCCGUGGAUGUGGACUUGACCGUGAACUAG